AUGCUGCGCUCCGAUACCACUCCAAGAGUUUCAAAUGUGACAACGAAUUCCGGUGACGGUAGGAUCAUACCCGAUAUGUCCGGUCUUGUAGCUCUUUUUGGAACAGGCACCUACUCUUCCCACCAAAUUCCAGAAGUUCGACAGAUCCUGAUUUGCUGUCACGCAAUACUCAUCCUUUGCGGAACUACAUUUAACCUCGCAGUCCUUUUCGCCCUGAUUUACUUCAAGGAGCAGAUUUUUACAAACAUCGCAAAUAUUUUUGUCUUCACAUUGGCCGCAUCCGACGUUGUGCUUUGCGGCAUCUCGAUGCCAAUUCAACUCUACUAUGGCAUUGACGAAAAUAGCCGAGUUAACACAGCCCUGUGUCGUACUCUUUUCGCUGGUUUUGGAAUUCCUAUGUACGUCUCCUGUCUGACUAUUCUCCUAAUUGCCGUGGACAGAUAUCGCCUCAUCGUCAAACCUACAGCACCUCGAGCUUCCAUUCGCACAGCCCUUUGUCUCAUUCUUAUAACUGUUACCUUUUCUGCGCUUAGCGCGAUCCCUGUAGGCGUUUACACUGAGAGUCGAGGGAUCGAAGGGUUCCGCAAUUAUUGCGUUGAGGCUUGGCCUAAACCCAUCUUUCGUCUAAUCUACUCAGUAGCUACCUUCAUACUUCAUUUCCUUCUUCCAUUACUCGUCUCAGGUGGUCUCUAUCUGGAGAUUUACAGACGUCUAACAGUGCGACCUGAACAAUUGAGUCUUUCAAAGGAGUCAGGGCGGAGAAAAAGGCGCACUACCACCUUGCUAGCAUGUGUGGUGGUCUGCUUUGUAAUCUGCUGGACACCCUGGUGUGUGUUCUCCCUCCUUGUGGAAAUAGACGCUUUUGUAACAAAGGGUUCCAGUGCUCCCCAUAUUCAGGUAAAUUUCUCUGAGCUGACUCUGGAAGGAUGCACUGCCUGGUUAACUGAUGGUGCAUUGGGAGACAAUCAAACAAAAGUGCCGCAAAAGAUCUACUUCUCGCAGUCAAGCAGCUUUAUCCAUAUCACACAUUUCACUUUGGUUGACAUGGUGCUCAAAUUGUGGGCUAUGGGAUCUGCGUGCAUCAAUCCAUUUCUUUAUGGCUGGCUCAACCGACCUAUCAGGAGGGCGAUGACCACCGUGUACGUUCUUAGCCCCAGGCUCUGCUUUCGAUCAAUGACGCAGAGGUCUGGAUGCGGGAACCACGAACCUGAGAUCUUCAGCAGACCUAGCAAGGUCAGCUCCCACUCCGGUUGUGGUAAAUACCCGCAGGCUAAACGAAAUCUCGAUCAGUAUUACCACCGUCAUGGCCAAAAAAGAACCAGUCUGUCACAGUCAAGCAGGAAAAAAGAAGAGAUCAAAUACUUAGGGAUGGAAUGUCGAUGUUCAAUAUGA